AUCAAAGCUCUGCCCCGGGGCUGGACGAUGGUUCCGCUGCGUUCCUUGCGCUUUGGGCGCGGCGGCUGGCGGGGGCGCGCGGGAGCAGCAGCGGCGGCGCGCUUCAGUUGCACUCGCUGCCCGGGGGCUGGGGGCUGGUGGCUGCUCCGGGGCCGUGCCUUGCUGGCCGGGGGCUCGUUCCAAGUGCGGCCGCUCUCGCUGCCCGCGGGCAUGGCUGCCCGGUUCGAGUACAUCCCUCCUUGGUGGACUUACUGGUUGCACAACUUCCCGCACGUUAACCUCCGCUUCCAGCCCGUGGACAACACCUUCAGCCCGCAGGAUGCAAACUACCAGCAGGCAUUGAUCUUUUUGGCAAUAGUAGCUGCUGUCUGCUUGGGCCUCAAUUUGAUUUUCGUUCUGAUUUACUUGUUAUGCAUCUGCUGCUGCAAGCCAGCUGACGAUGAAGAAAACAAGAAGCUACAUUCCUGCUGUGUCACUUGGACAGCUGUGGCUGCUGGUCUUAUCUGCUGUGCUGCCAUUGGGAUUGGCUUCUAUGGAAACAGUGAAACCAAUGAUGGUGUCUACCAGCUGACCACCUCCAUCUACAAUGCAAACCACACACUUGCUGGAAUAGAUGGCUUGGUGUCUGAGACGGUGAAGAACAUGGGAGUUGAUAUGAAACAACAUAUAGCAAGACUUGAUGAGAUCUUCACACAAAAAAUGGAGUUUAUUUAUUCACUGAAAAUGUUGCAGCAUUUGGCAGAUGUAAUUAUCUCACAGCUCUCUGGCCUCCCAACAUGGAAUGAUGUCAAUUUGAAUGUGGCAGAAACAGCCAAUGAAAUUGGCUACAUUGAAUAUUACAGGUGGCUGUCUUAUCUUCUGCUCCUAAUUGUUUACUUGGUUAUUUGCCUGGCAGCUUUUCUGGGCUUGGCCAAGCGAUCCAGGUGGCUUCUCACACUAAUGAUUGUCCUUGGCGUCCUGACUGUAAUUGUCAGCUGGGGGUCGCUGGGUCUGGACACUGCUGCAGCCGUGGGAACAAGUGAUUUCUGCGUGGCUCCAGAUAAGUUCAUCAUGAAUAUGACCCAGAAUAAAAUUAGCUCAGAUAUUGUGCAUUAUUAUUUGUAUUGUGGCCACAGCACUCAUAACCCAUUCCAACAGACUCUGUUGAGUUUCCAGCGCGCUCUGACAAACAUGCAACUGCAAAUCCAGGGACUGAUGCAUAUUGCUAUACCACUGUUUCCUAUGGCAAAGAAGGACAUUAUUGGCAUCCAGCAGUUACUAAAUAAAUCUGAAUCCAAUCUGCAUCAACUCACAGCAAUGCUUGACUGUCGAGGACUGCACAAGGACUAUCUGGAUGCUGUGAAUGGUGUGUGCUAUGAUGGUGUCGAGGGGUUGCUGUAUCUUUUAUUGUUUUCACUUCUUGCUGCAGCCGGGUUCUCUGCCUUGAUCUGCGCCAUAUCUCGCAACUGUAAUCACAUUGCAAUCAGAGAUCGCAAUUACGAUGACAUGGAUGAAGAUGACCCUUUUAACCCACAAGCUCGUCGCAUAGCAGCCCAUAACCCAAGCCGAAGUCAGAUACACAGUUUCUGUAGUUUCAAUAGUAGUAUGGGGAGUCAGACUAGCCUUCAGCCACCUGUGACCACAGCCACCACACAACCAGCCACUGCUGCACCUGCACCUGUGUAUAUGAAUAACACUGUGUUGUUUGGUGGAAAUCCUCGAUUUGAAAAUGUUCCACUGAUUGGAAGAAAUUCGCCCCCACCUUCGUACACCCCCAGUAUGAGAGCAACCUACCUUGCAGUGAGCGAAGAACCUUCCAGAAUUUAUGGAAAUGUAUUUCCUGCUUAACAUUUCUGCUGAUCUUCAUAGCAGUGUUCCUAAUAAUAGCCUAAAGUUUUACUUAACAAAAAGAGUGCUCUGGCCAAAACUCCCUGAUUCAAUGAAGUUUGAUGGGAGCAGUAAAGAACUGUUGAAGAUUGAUGCUGGCGGUUUAUUAACAUUUUUCUGAAAUGGUGUUGAAAAUUACUGUUACUCUGAAUAUUUGUAACUACUUCUGAAAAUAUUGCAUGUUUUUUUACAUACCAUUAUUGGAGCUGGGUGCACAGCAGAUAUGUGCUUGGAAGAUGAAUUUGAAUGGAGUUUCAUUUAGCAUCUGAUAUAAGGAGUACUUUGUAACAGAUGCUAUUUUUAAAAAGUCAGUUUGAACUGAAUAUGUAAGGUGUCUACAUCAAAGUUUGAUGCAUUUAAUUCUAGAGCUUCAAUCAUGUGACUGACCUCACAAUACCGUUAAAACUGUGAUUUAUUGUAUUCUUGAACAGGGUGCACAAUAGAUGAUCAAACAUUGCAUUUCCAAGAAAAGAAAAACUAAUUUAAGCUGAUCAUGGUAUAGACAGUGGUUAGGAAUCUCACAUCUUUUGAGUCAAAGGAGAUGAGAUUGGCAAAUGAGUCUUGAAGCAAGAGGAAUAAGAAAUAUGGAACUUAAAAAAAAACAAGUAAAAGCUCUCGACACGUGAUGUCUUUUAGGGCUGACUCUGCCACAAAUUUUCUUCAAUGAAUUUAGUUAAUGCUCUUUUAUUAGAAAUAGUGCUACCAAAUUUCCACACAGUCAAUUCUUAACACUGGCACUAUUUGUAAUGUGUAUCUUUUGAUUAUAUAAUCAUAUUCUGAACUUGCUGAGACAGCAACAGAAAGCUUUCUUUCUAAUAAAGGAGCUUUGGAUUCCAGAUUGAAAAUUCAUAAAAAUAUUUGUAUUAGUUUCUUUCUUUAAAACAAUUUGACAAUAUCUCACCAAAUUGUAUUUGCCAAUAUGCUUAUUGUAGAAUGGUAAGUGGCUUUAGAUCUCUUUCAAGCUUGAUCUCUAUUCUAGAGUUGGAGGAGAUUUCCCUUACUGUUAGCCUGGAUUUUUCAGCAGAAAUAACAGUGAUACUAGAUGCAUUCACGGUCAUUAUACAAUGAAAACGUAACUUCAGCAUUUUUGUAAAUGCAGUGCAGAAAUUUCAAUGUAGAUGUAAUUGAUUUAAGACCACAUCAUAACUUUAAUGCUAAAGUGGCUGUCACUGGAAUAAACAGGAGCUUUCCAAAAGCUGCAUUAACUUGGAAUAGCAAGUUCUGAUGAGGGGUCUCAGCUGCCUGACCUGCUGAGUUUUUCCAGCAUUUUUUAAGUGUGUUACGAUGAACUUGAACUGAUGUCUUCUACUUGCAAAGUUCACAUGACUUCAGAUUUUACAACCCAAAGCUUCCUGUGUUCCAAUCCUGCAUAAUCAAUGAAGAUUAUUGACGAAGCUUUUAUGGAAGGAAGUCUCAGAUGACAGCAGAGGUUCAGGUUAACAGAUUUUUAAAUGCUUACGAAUUGUAAUGUCUCCUCAUUCAGUUCUUAAAUGGUUUAUUAGUUUUAAAUCAUUUUUAAGAUGGCCUGUUUCCGUGCUGUGAUUGUUAUAUGGUUAUAUAUAUAAAACUAGCACAGAGAACUAUGAAAAGAUUUUUGGAAUUGUGCAUGUAGAACUGACCAAGAGGUAUUUUCACCAAUCCAAGAGGGUAUCAGCAGUGGCUUUAUGGCACAGGAGGAAUUAUGUGAAUGCCAAUAAUGAUUAAGUUGGCAACCACUAUGAUACGUAAAGUAGGACUUCUAGUCAUGAUGCAAGUCCUGCACGCCUUGAUGCGAAAUUAACCAUGAAACAGAGGUUUGAUGAAUGUGGGACCAUUUCAGGCAAGCAGCCUCACCACAUUAUCAAAUGUGACUGGAAGAUAGCAGUCAGCAGUACAUGGACAUUCCUAAUAGAUUCUUAGUUAAUAAAUUUUUACCCAUCUCUAGCAGAGCCUAUUGAGAUCCAUCAUAUUUAAUUCACUGAUUCCCUAAAAUUCUUGGGAGUAAUCUAUGGAACCCAAUUGAAAGUAAUUAAACAUGAACCUGGCACAAUAACACAUCAGGAGACAGUUUCUUAAAUGUAAUGAUCUGUUCCAACACGUUUCCAAACUUCAGUGCAGAUUGGUGAAAAAAUAUCCACAGUGCUUAGGUUUUACAUGACACUCCAAAUUGGAUGCAGCCUCCAUCUGGAUGAAUGUUGGGUGACGAAGGUUACCCACAGAUAUAACGGACCAGCAGGACCAAAAGGGAAGAUACAAUCGUGAGAUGUCAACCUAACAAACGAUGAAGGAUUGUGAAGUUGACGCCAUGGUUCCGAGUGAGACAGUGCAGUCUUUAUCUGCAGAUAUGACAAAUAUUGUGCCAGUAUGUUGCACAUUACUGUCUUCUCUUCCAGGCAGGACUGACCUUUGUUGACUCUGGCAAAAGUGGAUGAAUCUAACCUGACAGGCUGUGGUCCGUGGAGAAUCUGAGGAAGGAAAGGUUGUUAUGGGCAAUACUGUUGGAUAACAGCAAGUAGCACCUGUAUUUGGAAAGUGGGUGGCAAGUUGCUUCAUUCCUUUUGUCUCCAUCUCUUCCUGCCACCAUCCUUUUCUUAGGAAACAAACAUUCAUUGCAAGAAUUGAUACCCUGAUUGCAAAAUUGUAAAUGAAAAUUUAUUAAUUACCUUUUCACUAAUUUGUAAAAUAUUUGUCAUUUUAAAAUAGCAUUAUACUGAGUAAAAAACAAAAAGUUAAUAAUAAUCAUGUUUCAAAGUAAUAACUUGUGCAGAAUUUUAACAAAAACGUCCUUCAGAAAAAUUAGUCUUUCUGCUCCAUCUGCAUGCCCAUCGCUGCUGCAGUUAAGUAAUAGUCAAUUAAAGGGAACUCAGUGAGAGGUUUCACAUUACAUCCAAUGAUCUUGGCCUGAAUGGAUAGCUUGCGUGACCAUCAGCUGGAAACUCCCAAAUGCUCAAAGGUGCCUGUCAGAGGCACAGCAGCUGUGCCAUAAAUCUUUCAGACAUGCUGGUGGCCAAGGCAACACUUGCCCCCUCUCUUCAUUCCAGUGGCUCAUUGGGCACCGAACUUCAGCUGAAUGAUAUUUUAUACUUGGUUAAUAAUCCUUGUGAGCACAGGUGGCUCUCUGACAUUUCUAAAGGAAAUGGCCAUCUUGCUCCAUGUGAGUAUGGCAAAUGUAGAGUACCUUUAAGUUUGUCCCUUGUCAUCAAGGGGAGAUGUACUGUUUGGAUGUUCUGACUAAAUUUUUAUACUUUAAAUCUAUGCAAGAACAGUGAAAGGUUUUUACAACUCCUGAGAUCCAUCACAGCUGAAUUGUACAAGAAAUUGAUAUUUCUUUCAGGUUAUUGCAUCGGUAAUAUUUAAUGCAUUAUAACGUGUAAAUUUCACAUAAUUGUAAAACCCAAGCAACCUCAAUUCUCUUUUCUCCGGUCAGUAAGUUCUCUCAUUGCUAGUCCAUGCUCCUUGACAGAAUGGAGUUGGUAUUGAAUCUGCCACCACUUCGCAUGCCAACUUGAAGAUCAUAUUAUGCCCAGUAUUUCAUAUUCUCCUAAAGUCACUGGCUCUUUGGGUUCACCUCAUUAAAGAAUAUUCAAAGUACUUAUCAAUCUCCACCUUGGAAUGUAUUCAGUGAAAGAUUUUGAAAGAUUGACAAACUUCUGAUAGGGAAACUUCAAAUCUCAGUUUAAGUGAUUGUGGGAAUAUUCCACGUGGUUUUAGACUCUCUAUCUAGAUAAAACAGCUUUUCAAUAUCCACCCAGAUAAUCUCUCUCUGAAUGAUGUAUGUUGUGAUAAGUAUUAUUGACUGCCUUGUAGAAGAAAGAGCCAUUUGCGCUCAAAUGCUUUCAUGGAACAAUAUCCCCAUUCCAGGAAUCACUUCAAUAAUUCUACGCUGUACUAACUCAAGGCAAAUGUUUCUUUGCUUGGACAAAGGGAAUAAAACAACAUACGACAACUAGGAGACAUCUCAAUCUGCAUAACUUUUUCUUCCAUACUCUAACCCACUUGCAAUAAAGGUCAGCAAACCAUUUGCUUUGCUGAUCACUUACUGUAUCUGGGAUCUAUCCUGUUGAUCCUUUUUUGUGUGCUCCAAGUGUUAGCAGUAGAGAACACUGGAAGGUAUGCCACAGAGUAUUCAGGUUUUUAUCCUCAAACUUUUUGCUUGAAGAACUGCACAAAGUAAGUGAGCAGUUUUUUCCAGGCCACCAAUGCCUGCUUAUUGGCUUCUGAUGACUGCACAACUCACAGUACUUUUCAAAAGUCUUAUAUUGCUUAAGACUUUUGCAUGUUCUGUAGUAAUCUUUUGUAUUACACUGUACUACUGCUGUGAAAAAAAUCAAAUUUCAUGACGUGAGUGAUGAUAAACCUGAUUCUAAUAUGCAACUCUAUUGUGGACUGAGAGUGUGAAGGGGGCAGGGAGAGGGGAAUCCAUGGCUGGUAAAAGGGGAAGGACGAGAGGAAGGAGCGGGAAGCACAAGAGAAGCAUUCCAUAAUGAUCUAUAAUGCAAAUGUUUGGGAUCAAAUGACCUUGCCUGGUGUCUCAGGGUUGGGUGUAUUGGCACCUAUUCCAUUCCCAACCCUGGCACUCCUUUGCCAAUUGUCCCACAUAUCUCCCUUGGCCUCCACUCUCACCAUUCCCAACAUCCUUUGAUCCUGACAGAUUUACAAACUCACUCUCUGCUCCACGUUGACAAAUACAGUACUGUGCAAAAAUCUUAGGCACUCUCGCUAUACAUAUGUGGCUAAGGCUUUUGUACAGUCAGUGAUAUUAAAUCUGAUUCAGAUUCAACACUGGGCCAUUAUCUUCACUCAUCAAAAAAAGUGGUCUGCUGAAUUGUGUUUGGUGUAGACAUUUUCUUAAGCUACCAUAUUUGCAUGUAUUGGCUUCAAUUAAAAGAGCUGCAGAUGGAAGUGCUUUAUAUACUUGAUCAAAUGAUAUGGGAUGUAAUUUACUUACUUGAAAUUCACCUUCAUUAGAUCCUUACCAACAUUGCUAAGGAAUAUUCUCAUAUGCAGUUGUGUGUCUGAUGAACAUAACUCUUGUACAUAUGUUCCAAAGCAAAUGUUAUGUAAUCACACUUGUAAUUCAGACUGCUUUGAGUUGAGCCAACAAAGAAAUAACAAUUGUCGAACUAAGUGUUAUAAAUCUUAUUUUGAUUGAAGUCAGCAAUAUCUUGCGGCACACUUUAAUUGUAUUAUUUUAUAUUCCCCAAUAAUUAGUGAAUAUAAGAUGAUCUUGUUGGAAUUAAGUCAUUCUUUAAACAGCAGUUCAUUUCAUGUCUUUAUUUGUGUCAGAAAUAGAUAAAACAUUGAUAAUCGUUGACUCUUCACAAAAGGAACUCUUAAAUUGAAAUGAGUAAAAUAUGGUGAGGUUAGUCAAAAGAUUAAAGUGAAAACCUCUUGUAUAUUUCCCAACAAACUCAAAAUUCAGUCAGGGUUAUCUGUAUUGGUAGUGUUGUUAAGCCCCGUCAUCCUUCUGGGGCGUAGGCAGCUGAUAGUAGCUCACCAGAGUCCUCUGUCCUGGGACAGUCUGUCAAGUUGCCUCUAGAUAUAGCCCAUCUUCUUGGUGUAUCUUCCUCUCUCACAAUAAGGUCGCUGAAGCUUCUGUUGAUGAUUCGAUAACUCUGGGUUUUUAGCCUCAUGCCCAACCCUCCUCCUUUUGCAGCCGGGCUUGGGACUGUUCAUGGUAGAGUUUGUAUUUGCCACAUUUGAAUGAAGCUAUCAAUUGUAUGUGUUUUUUUUGGUUUAUUACAUACUUUUAAGGUUAGAAGCAAUUAAUUCUGAUGUAUUAAAUUCAGUAUUGUGCCAAAUACAUUACUGCAGUGCAAGAACAGGUCUGGUUGAAUGUUCUUGUGUAAUGGCAUCGGUGAAUUAAAAAUAGUGAGAGACUGACUAAAAUGCAGAACCUUGAAGCUAACAUUAUAAAAUGGCUAAUAGAUAUCAUAUCAAUCCUUUUCUUGCACUGAAUAUUGUAUAAGAUCAAGAUCUAAAUCUGAUUUAAUUCAUUGUAGAGUGUAAUUGUUUUUGUCUUUUUAUUCUUCCUUUAAGCACAAUUGCUCAAAAGUGCUUCUUUGCCUUCUCCCUUUUGGUUUUGUCUUUGUAUUCCAUAAUACUGAAAUAAAGUGCCAUUUUCAGCAUGAUCUACUAAGCACAAAUUAAUGGAUUUAUUAGAUGUCUUCAAGGUAUUUUGUACUGUGCAGUUGGAAUAGAUAAAACAUGUUUCUCUUCUGAACCACUGUUUAACUGAAAAAUUACCAUGCAAGGCUGGACUGCAGUAUGAUUUUUCUCAUUAUGUAAAGUUUUAUCACUUGCUGUGUGUACAAAAUGCAAGAAAACCAUUUUAAAUUUUGAAUUCUGAAAUAAGAAACAGAAAAUACUGAGAAAGUAACACAUGUUGAGGUAGGAUGCUGAGCAUUUCCCUUUUAUAACAACACACACAAAAUGCUGAUAGAACACAGCAGGCCAGGCAGCAUCUAUAGGGAGAAGUGUUUUUGUGUCAGAUUUCCAACAUUUGCUGUUUUUUUCAUAAACUUUCAGUAAGAAAUUGAUUUUUGCAGACUAACACUGAAGCAUUAUUUCUACCAUAUGGAUAGGAGAAGUAUUUUUGUUAUGAUGAAUUCUGAAUACAUGAAUUCUGCCAUUUCCAAUGAAGUUGAAGAUAAAAGUGCAAAACGCAAUCUCGCUGUCAAAUAAACUGUUGAAUGCUUUAAAAUAAUCCCAAAACAAAAUUGUUCAACUUGUUAGAUUUCAUUAAUAUUCAUUUGACCUGACUAUUAAUUUGUGAAUUAAAUCUGGUUCAGGGAUCAGUUUGCUUAUCAUUGUGAACUAUUAAGUAUUACGUAUUAAAAUAAGAUGUAUUCACUCUGUUCUGCUUUUGGAUAGAAGCAAGUUGAGUUUCAAUGACAAUUGUCACUGAGCAAUAUUUAACUGUGAUGUGAGAUUCUUAUUUACACUGUAAUAAAUUUCAUUUCAGGAACUUUUUAAAUGGUAAUUUUUUUGUAAAUGUAUUUAACUGGAUCAAAAUUGUUAGUGUAUUCUAUUUGGAUAUUUUCAUUUCCCUGCAAAAACCACAGUUUCUGAAUGAACACAAAUAUACACAAUAAAUACUGAA